AUGGAGCUUCACUAAAAUACAUUAAGUGGGCGGACUAAAUAGCACAGCAACUGCACAAAACGCAGAUUUCUAAAAUGUAGGUGUUAACUGCCUCAUUCGCUUAAACUGUCCGUGGUGUUAUGUGACGUCGAUCCAUCUGUUUACGGAAUGCGGGAAAAAACCACAAUUUAGAUGUUGCUGAACGAAUUCACAGUCAUGCGCCAGAGCUUUGACAGCCAGUUAUUGAUUGUCAGUUUCAUUACUAGUUACCCGAGUAGAUAUUCGCAUUGAUUGAUUUUGUGGCAUGUCGAGCACAAACUGAUAAGAUAGGAGUCUAAAUGCCAGACGUUGGAAAGUGUGUCAUUCAUUGAAGGGUUGACGGUUUCCAGUAAACAUCUCAAAUCAGCUGACGAUGGCCAGCAGGGAUGCCAGUGAGAACACCCCUCUUUUGGACAGCAGCUCUGUCUGCAGGCCUGUGUCAGUGUUCCAGGGCAGAAGACUAGCGUGUGCAACGAUUCUGCUUGCAGAAUCAUUGGAACGAGUCGCAUUCUAUGGCAUCACUUCCAACCUGGUUCUUUUCCUUAACAGUAGCCCAUUUUAUUGGGAGGGGACUGAGGCCAGCCAGGCCCCCCUGAUGUUCAUGGGGGUUACAUACCUGAUCUCACCAUUUGGUGGCUGGCUGGCUGAUGCAUAUUUGGGCAAGUUCUGGACCAUUGCUGGCAGUUUGAUUCUAUACUUCCUUGGCAUGCUGUUUUUCCCAUUUAUCACAUAUGACUACUCCAGGAAUGCCCUAUGUGGUGAUGAACUUGCAUUUCCAGUGCAACCUGCAGAGUGUUUGAGCUCAAACAGUACCCCACCAAGCAAUGUGACCUGCCCCACACGGGCACCUUACUGUGGGCCAGUGAUCUACACAGGCCUUGUUCUCAUCGCCCUAGGUGUAGGAACAGUAAAGUCCAACAUCACUCCAUUUGGGGCCGACCAGGUAAAAGAUCGUGGCCCAGAGGCCACUCGCAGGUUCUUCAACUGGUUCUACUGGUGCAUCAACCUGGGGGCCAUCUUGUCCCUGGGUGGCGUGGCCUACAUCCAGCAGAACAUCAACUUCCAAUUGGGGUACAUAAUUCCAGCUGUGUGCCUGGGUGUCUCCUUCCUGGUGUUCCUGCUGGGGCGUACAGUCUUCAUCAACAAGCCUGCUGACGGUAGUGCCUUCACUGACCUGUUCAAGAUCCUGGUUUAUGCCUGCUGCAACUCACAGCCCAAAGAGCCCAACCUGCUACGGGCUAAGCCAACCAUGCUGGAUGGAGCUAAGGUGACUUAUGGAGGGAGAUUCCCUGAGGAGAAAGUGGAGGAGGUGAAAGCACUGCUGAAAAUUCUCCCAGUGUUCUUUGCUCUUAUCCCAUACUGGACUGUGUACUUUCAGAUGCAGACAACGUAUUUCCUCCAGAGCCUACAUCUAAGGAUUCCUGACACCAGCACAGGCACCAACAGCAGCGCCGGCACCCACCAGAUCACGUUCCGCUUCCCUGCCGCUUGGCUGACAAUGUUCGACGCAGUGCUUAUUCUCAUGCUGAUCCCCCUUAAGGACAAAGUGGUGGACCCCAUCCUCAAACGCAGAGGCCUGCUGCCCUCCUCCCUCAAGAGGAUCGCAGUGGGGAUGUUCUUCAUUAUGUGUUCAGCUGUGGCGGCUGGUAUACUGGAGACAAAACGACUUGAGAUCAUCAAGUCUAAUGGCACAUUCGACCAGGUCUUUGGCGAUGUCAUCUACUACGCAGCAGAUCUGCCUAUAUGGUGGCAGGUACCUCAGUAUGUGCUCAUCGGAAUCAGCGAAAUCUUUGCCAGCAUCGCAGGUCUGGAGUUUGCCUACUUAGCUGCCCCCAGGUCCAUGCAGAGUGCCAUCAUGGGGCUGUUCUUCUUCUUCUCUGGGAUUGGCUCCUUCGUGGGUUCCGGCCUACUGUCCAUAGUCUCCCUCAAGGGGAUUGGCUGGAUGUCCUCCCACAAGGAUUUUGGUAACAUCAAUGACUCCCAGCUCAACUACUACUUCUUCCUACUAGCGGGGAUCCAGGGCCUCACCCUGCUGGUCUUCCUCAUCGUGUCGGUCAAGUAUGACAAACAGAAGAGUAGUAAAGCAGGAAGUCAGAGGCAGGGUAUCACUUCGUCUUGGUCCCAUGACUGACCCCUGUCCAUCUGACCUCCCCCUACCUGCCUUAGUUUGUAGUAGUUAGUGCCAGAACACCUGCCUGAUUUGGUAAUGGAUUCCCUACUUCAUGGGUUUGUAAGACUAUUACAUUUUCAAAGCAAAAAUAUAUUUCUACUGUACACUCGCACAUCCCUCACAUGAGAUCAAGUUCAUCUUAAUGUAUAUUUCUUGUACAGUACCUUAUUUAAAACAUCACUACUGUGUUUGAUCAGGGUGCCCUUGAAUAUGAAUGGUGUAAAUUUCAAUAAUUUAAACCAAUUAUUUAACGUAAGCUGAUCAAAUUAAUCCCAAAUAACUCACUCCUAUUGUCAGAUAAGUAAGCAUUACACGACUGUGGCCUUUUCACUGGUCCAUAGAUAUAUUAACAAUUUAAAACAAGGCACACUUUUUAAAAAACUUUUGAGGCUUCAUCGACUGACUGAUCAGGUUUGUAGUCUUGUUUGUUUUCUCUUAAAUCCUUUGAUCAUUUGCACUAGAGGAACUGUGCCAUAUUCAGACUGUAUUGAACAUUAUUCAGUUGUGAUUAGGGGCUUGGUGUUUCCUUUAUUACUUGUGUAAACUUGUUUAUGAUUGGCAUGUAUAGGUUAAAUAGAAAAGUUGUAAUUUGUUUUACUAACCGUUUUUUUCACCUACUGUAUGUGUUUUCAAUAUGGAGCUGUUUUCAGUCUUUAAUGUUUAAUGAUGUCAUACUGGUGCUUAUACACUGAGUGAACAAAACAUUAGGGUCUUUUAGACUACUACUUUUCGACUGUGCAAUGAUUUAAUCAAACUUUUAAUCUGAUUACAACAAAAAAAAGAUUAUGACAUGAAAUGUAUAUAGUGCCAGUUGGUUCAACUUGAAAACCAUUUUGGUAUUUACCAUCAUCCUUUACUCAGACUAAUCAUCCCUAGCCAGCAAAGGCACAAUAUUGUGUUGCUGAAACGGGAUAUUCUGUGAUUGCUGCGGCAGAAAACGCAGUGAAUUGUAUCGUGAAAGUAAAUGUUUUCAUUAAGUUGACAUUAGUUCAGACUGAACCACAAUUUUAGAGUUACUGGUUUCUUUAUGCACUUGGGGUGAAGGUUAAGUUUAAAAUGUUCAUUUGCAGUAUUAGUCUGACUGUUGACAAUGUCUAGCCUCAGAUUUGGAUGUGUUAAUGAAUGUCUGUAGUCACCACAUGGUGUCCUUAUGGAUAGACUGCACUUUUACAUACUGUAGUUUUUGGGGGUUGUGACUAAUGUAUACUUAUCAUACGGUAGACAAUGUUCAGAACACUCCAUGUAAUCCCUCUUAUGUAGUUGGUAUAUUUCACCCCAGUCAAAGCUCUUUAAUCGUUGACUCUGGCACUACAAAACUAUAUAUGUUCUGUUAAAUAGCAACAUCCACAAUUUUUUUUUUUCUUCCUUUACCCGACAAGUGAUGGUUUAGGAGCGAUCUGCAUGUUUGCUUUACCUACAGUAGACCUAAGUGAAAAACGUUAAAGCUGAAAGUAAGGUAUUUUACAAACCAAAAUCUACUCAGGGUUCAAGGGAGGUAGAAUAAUUGAAUUAUUAAAGAAUACCAAUACAAUUGUUUAGAAUAGUUAGUAAACUGUCUUUGAGAUCUCAUGAAGUAUAGUUGUUUACAGAUUCUCAGGUUGGUGGCUUGAAUUGACCUUUUUAGCUAACACAUUGAAACCAUUUACUAACUCAUUGACAAUGGCUGAAAACAUUAUUUUGGCUGUUUAUUAUAGUGUUUGUUGGAUGCAUGGUGGUUAUUUUUUGUGUCAACUUAACAGCUUUUUAAGAAACAUUUUCUGAAAAUGUAUUCUGUUUUAAUUAUGCUGGAGCAUUGGUAUUUUGAAUGUUUUUUUGUGUGGUUAUUUUUGCUAAUAAAAUAUUAAAAUCAGUCUUUUCUACAUUCGA